CGCGUUUCGACGCGUUAAUUUGGGUUCCACAUGCAGCCCACAUGCACCACUUUCCACCUAAUCCACAUUUCAACUCUUUCCGUUAAACUGCUACCUACCAUAGUAGACUGCUAAACUGCUAAACUGCUAAACUGCUAACUGAACGUGCUGAGCCUAGUGACGAGCCCGGAAACAUCAGCACGGCUUCAAGAUAUCUAAUUCGAUCUGGGACUGUUGGAAUUUAUUACAGAGUCACUUAAUUUAUUCUAAUCCGAUAAUAUCUAGCUUGGCUCCUCAUUGAUUCCACAUAUCCAUGCGACAAGAGAGCUUCAACUCAAUUCGCAGCCCAAAUGCCUCUAAUUUCCAUGUCCCCCAAUAUUCAGGAAUCAGAAUCGGCUUUGAGGAAGAGAACCCAUAAGGAAUUUGUCGAUGAUUCUAUCCAACUUACCAUCGAGGAACCUUCAGAUUUAGGGAGCCCGACAAAGCAGAGAUCUACUGAUCACGCCGCCGUCCCUAUUAAUAUUACUUCACAAUCGCCUUCUUUACCAGCAGCUACCAUGGAACCGAAACCUGGAAGUAGUUCUUCGGAAUUGACCGAAUUAGGAUCCACUCCUCCCACUGGAUGCUCUCCCUCGCCCAACAAGACACCCUCGAAGCCAGCGCCAGCGUCAGUGCCAACACAAAAUGACGAUGCUACUAAAGCACCAACAAACCCAGAGACUAGUACCCUUCCAACUUCAGCGCCAGUUGCCCAAGCUACCCAGCCCGAAAAACGAAAGCUUACCAAGGCCGAAAGAGACCAGGAGCGCGCCGAAAAGCGGCAGAAGAGAGAAGCAGAAGCUGCAGAGAGAGCUGAGAAACGGGCAGCUGAAGCAAUAGAGAGAGCGAAGAGAGAAGCCGUAAAACUCGCGCGAAAAGCCGACGAAGAUGCUAAAAGACGUAAAAAGGAGGAGGAAGAGCUUGCCGCACAACGAAAAAAGGAAAAGCAACGAAGCAUGUUGGCCAGCUUCGUCCAACGGGCACCGACUACGCCAUCCAAGAAGGCUAUUCCUCAAAUUUUCAAAACCUCACCAAAAUCCACCACAGAAUCUACUGCACCCCAGGAACAAAAAGAACCCGAGCCGCAAAAAUCAAUGUAUGAACGCACAUUUCAGCCCUUCUUCGUCAAGCCUGGUGUCACGGUGGCAUCGCUCCCAUUCGAGAUGGAUAACGAGACGAAAGUUGCCAAGUCCGAAAUACUGGAUCAAUUUGUUCGUGGCGAACGCGGUACUUUCAAUGCAAAGCCGUUCAACCCAGCGGAGGUUUUCAACUUGCCGUUCCCCCAGCAGCGCGGCAUUAUGUACCCAAGUGUGAGGAAGAUAAUGGAGGGAGUAUAUGGUGAUUCAACAGAGAACACUCAGGCCGAGAAGCUUGUCAACGCGCAAACUCAACUAAAUUCCAUUCCGAUGAAGUACCUGUCAUUUUAUGAGGAUGUUCGGCCGCCUUACUUUGGAACAGUGACUUCCCAUAUGGAGUCCACGAAGCUUCGAAAAUUAUCUCGUAGGCCAACCGGGGCGCUCUUGCGACUUAACUAUGAUUACGACUCUGAGGCGGAAUGGGUAGAAGACGAUGGCGAGGAUCUAGGCGACGAAGAAGAAGACGAAGAAGAGCACGAUGCCGACGAGGAAAUGGAUGACUUCCUCGAUGAUUCAGAUGACGUGUCGACGGCCAUCCGUCCUACAUUCCUGGGCGAGAACGAGCCAACCAGCACAGGCAUUUGCUUCGAAGAUAGGGCGAAGCAGGCCCCAUGCGCAUCCAUGGGCCAGUACCGACUUGAAGUCAUGCUAAAUUUGCCUGAGCAUCACAUAGGAAUUGACCCUUUCUCUACCUCUUAUUGGCCGACUACUAUAGGAAAAGGCACCAGCACUGCUGCGGCUACAUCUGCUCCAGGCCCUCCAACUUCCAUGCCUCCACCCGCUGGAGUGGGCAUUGCUAGUACUGCACCAACCGUCGAUGCGAAGGACCUUGUUCCAAAGGAGAUGCUUGAUGACUUUAAACGAGCCAUUAUUAGUGAAGAACUACGAGACUUCACCAAGGGGACGAUUAUCGAUUUAUUGGCCAAGAAAUUCCCAGCCUGCACCAAAGCUCAGGUUAAGGCAACCCUCGAUAAGACAGCGCACCGUAUUAGUCCCCCCGGUGCGAAGAAGACGGUCAAGCAGUGGGCCUUACUACCUGCUGGCGCUACCUGAGAUAGAUAUGCUCGUUGGAGAAGUUAUGUCCAGUCUGGUGAAGGAGGAUGAUACCAGUAGGCGAUAGUGAACCUCUUGAAACGGAGAAGAAUCACAGCUGCGUCGUAUGCCGGCCUACCUAACUACUUAGUUAGCUACUUGGUGCCAAGCCAGACGAGGCUAGAAACACCAUCCGAGUCUACGUUGCUGGAACCGUUUGUACAUGUAAUCUUGCUUACCCCUCCCCCCCUUUGAUUCAAAUCGCUUUCGAGGCGUCAUAUAUAUCCUUAGGUCCACGACGGGUAGUGGAUCUUUGGUAAGGAGUCCGGCAAAGGCGGGCAGGCGGGCGGACGGACGGUUGGUCAGGCGGCGAAUGCCGGUUGUUAGGUAGUCAAUCAGUGGACUCCUCCCCCUUUUUUUCCCUGGGGACCAGAAAAAAAUAAUGAACUUGAUGAUAAUUUCAUGUGGGGUUGUUUAUAUGGUGUGCGUGUAAGAUAGGUACCUUUGCAGAUUCGCGUGGGUUUUCUAAGCUGUGCUCGUAGUUGCUGGUAGUAAGGGGUGCUGUUCCUCUAAUGCUUAAUAUGCAAGUGGAGGUCUCGAAGCUAUCUAGGUACCUAGUUAUGUGGCUUAUAGACUGCCC